CUCUCCUCAUUCUCUCUCUCUCUCUCCCCUCUUCUCUGUGUCCCCUUUCCUUCAGCAAUCUUCCUUCAAACUCUUCUAUUGAGCCAACCCCGAUCUUCCCUUCCCUCUCUUAUUCUCUCUUCGCUUUUCACCUUCUCUCUUCCUUUCCCCUUUUCCCCACCCUCCUUACACCAGUCAACUCUUUCUUCUCACUUUCAUCAACCCUUUUCCUUUUAUUUAUUCCCCACCCCGCCAUCCUUGUUGUUCACCGCUCUCUGCAACAUUAUUCUUCGCCAUGGGAUUCUCCGAGAAGCCGCAGCUCGACGCAGGAGCUUUUGAUUCUGAUAAUAGAAAAUGGGUCAUCGCCGGAAUCGCCCUGCGAGCGCCGUUGAAGCCGAUAUAUACCAUGCCCGCCGCAGUCGUAGACAAACCGCCGCCUCAAGAUGACAACACCGGCGACGGCGUUGAAACAGACGAGUGUUGCACGACUCCGACGAGCGAAGAAACCAGAAUCCCCACCACCUUCACCUGCCCACCAGCUCCGAGGAAGCAAAAAACUCCUUCCAAGUUCAAUUUCCGCCGCGGGGCCCGGCAGUUCUUCAACCCGCCGGAUUUAGAAACUGUGUUCAUACGCCGUGUUGAGAAGGCUAAUUGAUUCAUUUAUCAUCUGUACUUUGUCAUAUGUACGUUAUUGUUAGUUUUAAGUUUAAACCGCAAUCUUCUCCGUUUGGUAGGACUACUUUGUACAGAAGCAAUCUAAUCUAGAUAAAUAAGAAAGAAAAAAACGACAUCUUGUUAAUGGAUUACUAUAUA